AUUGAGCUGUUUUUUUUGUAUUUUAAAGGGACAAUCUGAAGACUGUGAGGCUCUUUUUUUAUUUAUAUGAUUGGCACUUGCUUUGCACUUUGAAUUGGAAGCUGUGGAGAGGCUUCUAGAGGUGAAGAAUACGAGCAUGUCCUGUCUCUGUCCUGCCUCAAACUGGACCUUUGCAUCUGCUAAGUCUGGAUAGCUGCAGAGGGAGAUAAAGACAAAAGAAAAGGGGAAGAAUUAAGAAAAAAGGGGGAGGAAAAUCCUCCUUAAGACACCUGUGAAGGCUCCUUCUAGGACUAAAGCCGAGACAGGAGGAACAAAAAGACAAUCAAGGGCUAAGAAGAGAAAAGGCUAAAGAGGAGACUCCAUCCCGUUUCCCACCUGUGAGGAUUAAUUGGACUGGAGCGGCAUGGCGCACGCUGCCUCGCAGCUAAAGAAAAAGGCGGAUGAGAAUCUCGCUGCAGAGGACGAGAAGGAGAAGAAGAAAGCAGCGAGGAAGCGUUCGCGGGAAGUGAAGAAAAAGACGGAUGUAAACGCCUGUUACCUGCGAUCAGCUCGAGCCGGGAACCUAGAGAAAGCUUUGGACUACUUGAAGAAUGGAGUCGACAUUAAUAUCUGCAACCAGAAUGGCCUGAAUGCGCUCCAUCUGGCCUCUAAAGAGGGCCAUGUAGAAGUGGUGGCCGAGCUCAUCAAGCAUGGUGCCAAUGUGGAUGCAGCUACCAAGAAAGGAAACACAGCCCUGCACAUAGCCUCCCUCGCUGGGCAGACAGAAGUAGUGAAGGAGCUGGUCACCCACGGAGCCAACGUUAACGCACAGUCUCAGAAUGGCUUCACUCCUCUGUACAUGGCGGCGCAGGAGAACCACAUGGACGUGGUUCAGUUCUUGUUGGACAACGGCUCGAGUCAGAGCAUCGCCACUGAGGAUGGGUUCACUCCUCUGGCGGUGGCGUUGCAGCAGGGUCACGACCAGGUGGUUUCUCUCCUCCUGGAGAACGACACAAAGGGGAAGGUCCGGCUUCCUGCGCUGCACAUUGCUGCACGGAAAGAUGACACCAAGGCCGCUGCGCUGCUCCUGCAGAACGACCAUAACGCCGACGUGGAGUCAAAGAUGAUGGUGAAUAGAACAACAGAGAGCGGCUUCACUCCUCUCCAUAUUGCGGCUCACUACGGAAACAUCAACGUAGCAACGCUCCUGCUGAACAGAGGGGCAGCUGUGGACUUCAAGGCGAGGAAUGACAUCACACCGCUGCACGUAGCAUCCAAACGUGGGAACAGCAACAUGGUGCGGCUGCUGCUGGAGAGAGGGGCCAAGAUAGAUGCACGGACCAAGGACGGUCUAACUCCUCUGCACUGUGGAGCGAGGAGCGGCCAUGAGCAGGUGGUGGAGAUGCUGCUGGACAGAGGAGCUCCCAUUCUGUCCAAGACAAAGAACGGUUUGUCUCCACUCCACAUGGCGACGCAGGGCGACCACCUGAACUGCGUCCAGCUGCUGCUUCAUCACGAGGUGCCCGUGGAUGAUGUCACCAAUGAUUAUCUGACGGCGCUGCAUGUUGCUGCACACUGUGGACACUACAAGGUUGCAAAGGUCAUCGUGGACAAGAAGGCAAACCCCAAUGCCAAGGCUCUGAAUGGUUUCACGCCUCUCCACAUUGCCUGCAAGAAAAACAGAGUCAAGGUGAUGGAGCUGCUUCUGAAGCACGGAGCGUCGAUACAGGCUGUCACUGAGUCUGGUCUGACUCCGAUUCACGUCGCAGCUUUUAUGGGACACGAUAACAUUGUCCACCAGCUGAUUCACCACGGGGCUUCACCCAACACGAGCAACGUGAGAGGAGAGACGGCACUCCACAUGGCGGCAAGGGCCGGUCAGUCUAACGUGGUGCGAUAUCUGAUCCAGAACGGAGCGAGAGUCGAUGCAACAGCAAAGGAUGACCAGACUCCGCUGCACAUCUCAAGCCGUCUCGGUAAGCAGGACAUCGUCCACCAGCUGCUGGGGAACGGAGCGUGCCCAGAUGCCACGACCAGCUCUGGAUACACACCUCUACACCUGGCUGCCAGGGAGGGACACAGAGACGUGGCUGCUGCACUGCUGGACCACGGAGCCAAUCUGGACAUCAUUACCAAGAAGGGCUUCACUCCUUUGCAUGUGGCUGCAAAGUAUGGCAAGAUCGAGGUUGCAAACCUGCUGCUGCAGAAAAACGCUCCGCCAGACGCUGCUGGGAAGAGUGGACUAACCCCACUGCAUGUGGCAGCUCACUAUGAUAACCAGAAGGUGGCGCUGCUCUUGCUCAAUCAGGGAGCUUCACCGCAUGCUGCUGCAAAGAACGGCUACACGCCGCUCCACAUCGCAGCUAAGAAGAAUCAGAUGGAGAUCACCACCACGUUGUUGGAGUACGGUGCCUCCACGAACACAGUGACACGGCAGGGAAUCACCCCUCUGCACCUCGCCUCUCAGGAAGGAAACGUGGACAUCGUGACGCUGCUGCUGGCUCGAGACGCUCCUAUAAACAUGGGGAAUAAGUCCGGUCUGACUCCACUCCAUCUGGCUGCACAGGAAGAUAAAGUCAAUGUCGCUGAGGUUUUAGUCAACCAGGGGGCAACAGCAGACCCUGAGACCAAGCUGGGAUACACUCCUCUCCAUGUGGCCUGUCACUAUGGCAACGUGAAGAUGGUCAACUUCCUGCUGAAAAAUCAGGCGAAGGUCAACGCUAAGACAAAGAACGGUUACACACCUCUCCAUCAGGCCGCGCAGCAGGGACACACACACAUCAUCAAUCUGCUGUUACAUCAUGGAGCAUCGCCUAAUGAGCUCACAGCUAAUGGGAACAGCGCUCUGUCGAUCGCCAGGAGGCUGGGAUACAUCUCUGUAGUCGACACGCUUAAAGUAGUCACAGAGGAAACUCUCACCACUCAGACUGUGAUUGAGAAGCACAAGAUGAACGUCCCAGAGACGAUGAACGAGGUGUUAGACAUGUCCGAUGAUGAAGUUCAUAAAGCCAAUGUCCCCGAAAUGAUCUCAGAGGAGUAUAUAUCUGAUGUGGAAGAAGGUGACGAUGCGAUGACGGGGGACACGGACAAAUACCUGGCCCCCCAGGACCUGCGCGAGCUCGGGGAUGACUCGCUCCCUCAGGAGGGUUACAUGGGCUUCAGCGUUGGCGCUCGGUCACAGAGUCCAAAAGUCAGCCUGCGUUCCUUCAGUUCUGAUAGGUCCAACACACUGAACCGGAGCUCGUUCACGCGGGACAGCAUGAUGAUCGAGGAGAUGCUGGCACCUGGUAAAGAGAUGCAUUUGGCGACAGCUAAGGACCUUGACAAAGACUCUCUGAGGAGGUACAGCUGGACUCCAGACGCUCUGGAUAAUGUCAACCUCGUCUCCUCACCGAUACACUCCGGUUUUUCCUCUCCGCUCCCGCAGUACGACAGCAGGUUCCUGGUCAGCUUUAUGGUCGACGCCAGAGGUGGCUCCAUGAGAGGAAGUCGGCACAACGGCAUGCGUAUCAUCAUCCCACCAAGAAAGUGCACAGCGCCCACUAGGAUCACCUGCAGGCUGGUCAAGAAACACAAACUAGCGUCGCCUCCUCCGAUGGUGGAAGGGGAAGGCCUGGCCAGCAGACUGGUCGAGGUCGGCCCGGCAGGUGCUCAGUUCCUGGGGCCUGUGAUUGUGGAGAUCCCACACUUUGGCUCGAUGCGGGGUCAGGAGAGAGAGCUGAUCCUGCUGCGCAGCGAGAACGGGGAAACCUGGAAGGAGCAUCUGUACGACUACAAGACCGAUGACCUCAAACAGCUCCUUAGUGGGAUGGAUGAAGAGCUUGACAGUCCUGAGGAACUGGAGAGGAAGAGAAUCUGCCGCAUCAUCACCAAGGACUUCCCACAAUACUUUGCUGUAGUGUCCCGAAUCAGGCAGGAGACCAAUCAGAUGGGCCCAGAGGGUGGGACUCUGUGCAGCCGGAGUGUCCCAUUGGUUCAAGCUUCCUUCCCUGAGGGAGCUUUGACCAAGAAGAUCAAAGUGGGACUACAGGCCCAGCCAGUACCUGAUGACACAGUAAAGAAAAUCCUGGGUAACAGAGCGACCUUCAGCCCCAUCGUUACAGUGGAGCCCAGAAGAAGAAAGUUCCACAAGCCCAUCACUAUGACAAUCCCAGUCCCGCCGCUUUCAGGGGAGGGGCUGUCCAACGGCUACAAAGGAGACUGCACACCAUGUCUCCGUCUUCUCUGUAGCAUUACAGGUGGUACGUCCCCAGCACAGUGGGAAGACAUCACCGGUACAACUCCUCUCACCUUCGUCAAUGACUGUGUCUCCUUCACCACCAAUGUUUCAGCCAGGUUCUGGUUGGCAGACUGCCACCAGAUCCCUGAGACAGUGGGCUUGGCCACACAGCUAUACAGGGAACUCAUCUGUGUGCCAUACAUGGCAAAGUUUGUGGUGUUUGCUAAGAUGAAUGACCCUGUGGAGUCAAGACUGAGGUGCUUCUGUAUGACCGACGACAAGGUGGAUAAGACCCUGGAGCAACAGGAGAACUUUGAGGAGGUGGCGAGAAGCAAAGACAUUGAGGUUUUGGAGGGUCGGCCCAUUUAUGUGGAUUGCUAUGGAAACUUGGCUCCGCUGACGAAAGCUGGCCAGCAGUUAGUUCUUAACUUCUAUGCCUUCAAGGAGAACCGUUUACCUUUCUGUGUCAAGGUUAGGGAUCCCAGCCAGGAGCCGUGCGGUCGUCUUACGUUCCUUAAGGAAUGUAGGACGGCAAAAGGUCUCCCUCAAACUGCCGUGUGCAACCUUAACAUCACACUGCCUGCGGUGAAAAAGGAAAUGGAGUCAGAUGCCGAGGAUGAGACUGAAAAGCCAGAGCGACGUCAUACCUUUGCAUCCCUAGCCUUACGUAAGCGCUACAGCUAUCUGGCCGAGCCUGCACUGAAAACAGCAGUUGAGCGAAGCACAACAGCAAGAACACUGCCUGCUGGUUACCCUCACAAACCUGUCUUUCCAACCAGACCUUACCCACCAUGGUCGACUGCUCCUAUUACCGUCCCUGGCCAAACAAGGCCAGGCGGAGUGGGGGGUUCCCUCGCCUCUACCGAUUCACCGGCAGGCUCACCAGCUGCUUCUCCAUUGAAAACUACUUGGCCCCUUUCUUCCCCGUCACCUGCAUGCGCUACAGCUAUCACCAUUGGAGCUCCAACACAACCGCCUUCCUUAUCAACUCCAGUUAAAUCAGUUAGUGAUGCAAUGUCCUCAUCCCCCAUCAGGUCUUACAGGACUAUGCCUUCACCCAUUAAAACUGUCGUCCAAAUGGGUCAGUACCCUGUCCAGGGGUCGGCCAACCUUGUGUCCUCUGGAAGCCCUUCUAAACCUGCCACAGAUCCAGCAUCAAUCAAAAGCCUUGCUUCAGCGUACACAUCAAGGACUUCCCCACUUCACUCGAUACCAAAUGGCUCUGUGCCAUCAGUACCUAUCACUGCUCCAACAUCACCAAAGAAACCUUACAACAUCUACAAUUCUAAUUUGCCUUUUAAAAGCACCCUGGGGUCCACAGUUCCAACAGACACAGGGGGAUCUAAACUUUCCCCCGUUAAAAGCAUCUCAAGCUUAUCCUCUUUAAAAACCUCUGUAGAUUCAACACUCUCAUCCCGAGCUGGGAGGACAACUCUUUCAUCGCUCUCCUCCACUGGGCAGACCACCAUUGCUUCCUCAGAAGUGUCCAUGAUGAAUGGAUCACUCUCGCCAGUUAAAUACCCCUCUUCCUCUUCCACGCCAUCUUCCCCGUCUUCACGGCACCUCACGGAGAGAAGCGGCAGCCUCCAAGAGAGGAUACAAGCCACGACUCAGGCUGCAACAUCCAGUGUCAGUGCAGCCAUAAAUGAAGCUAUAGACUCAUGCUCUGUGUCAGGUUAUGGUACUCUUAAGUCACUGUCCUCCUCACGAAGGUCUACAAUGGCAAGCUCGGGUUAUGGUUCUUUGAGAUCUGUGCCUGCCUCCUCCAGCCCAGCAAUUGUGUCUAAUACAGUGACUGUACCUGUGUAUUCAUUAGUCAACAUCAUUCCAGAAACACCCUCAAAACCAGGGCCAGGGUCUCUUAAAAUGGCGCCACCCGACCAUGCCCGUGCCUCAUCCUCUUUGCCCUCUUCCUCUUUGGCCUCUUGCGUCACAGCAUCAAAAAUAAAAUCCCAACUUAAAUCUCCACCAUUCAUCACGCCGCCCAUCAUCCACCCGACCGCCACUUCCAACCAGGAGAUCUUAAGAGAUGUAGCAGAUAUGAAAGAAGAUCUUAUCAGAAUGUCAGCUAUCCUUCAGACGGACCCACAGACAGCAGCUAAAACAGUGCAAACGUCACAUACAGGCACUCCUAAAGAGGCCAAGCUAGAGGAUGAGGAGCCGUUUAGUCUUGUAGAGAAGGUGAAAGAAGAUUUAGUGAAAGUUAGCGAGAUUUUACAGAAAGACAUCAUGAGUGAAGGGAAAGGUAAAGAACGAGCUUCAGAGGAUGAAUGGGAGGAGUUUUCCAAAGAUGAGAUCGAGGAGGCGCAAAGAAGUGCCAUCUCAGAUUACUACCCACCUUUUGAUGAAACCAAAUUCCUUCUCAAACAUCAGGCGAUGUCAAGCAAAGACUUAGGGUUGGCUAAAGUGGUAGAUUAUCUAACGAAUGACAUUGGUGCAAGCUCUCUAUCCAAAAUGUCAGAGCUGAAAUAUAGGUAUGAGGAGGAGGUGAAAAAAGAUGGGGAAGAGAAACAGAAGCGUGUUCUGAAGCCUUCAAUGUCCAUACAGGAGCACAAACUCAAAAUGCCUCCCCCAGUCUCGGGUAUGCUGAGGUCUCCUUCAGAGAAGGACCUGAGCAAACUUGCUGAAGCCUAUCAGGGUCCGGAUACUAUUUUGGAAUCACCCGAGGACCUUUCUCAUGAACAGGAUAAGAGUCCCUUAUCAGACAGCGGGUUUGAGACGCGUAGUGAAAAGACGCCCUCUGCUCCUCAGAGUGCAGAGAGUACCGGCCCCAAGCCUUUAUUCACAGAUUCACCCAUCCCUCCCUGUGUCAGCGAAAGCCGCACCGAAGUAGUCCACAUCAGGAGCUACGAGCAACCUGAUGAUCUUUGUGAGCCUUUACCCAUGGAGGAAGCUGCAUCUGCUUUUCCUUCAGUAGAGCCAGAACCAGCUUCAACUAGCUCCAUGAAAGCCUUACAGACACUAAUGCCGGAAGACGACUCCAUGAUGAACAAAAGUGUUUGUCUUAAAGAGGAAACUCAUAUUACCACGACUACUAGAAUGGUCUAUCAUAAACCCCAGUUGACUGAUGGUGCAGAGAUGAUAGAGGAGGGUAUGUCAGUUAGAGAUAUCAUGAAAGCUUUCCAAUCAGGUAGGGAUCCCUCCAAAGAACUGGCAGGCCUAUUUGAGCACAAAGCAAGCAAGGACUCUGUCAAAGGGGAUGAGCUAACUCCUAGAUUUCUAGACCGAGACAUUAAAUCCAAGCCCAAAGUUGAAAGGAUUAUUGAGGUACAUAUUGAGAAGGGCCACAGCACAGCAGAGCCAACCGAGGUGUUCAUCAGAGAAACUAAGAAACACCCUGAGCUGUAUGUCUACAAAGGGGACCAUGGCAUUAAAGAGAUAACUGAUUAUGAUGAGGUCCAACAGGAAGAGGAGGAGCUUACCGUAGAAGAAUCCCUGCCCUCCUUCCUGGAAACAUCUCGUGUUAACACCCCAGUGUCUCAGGAAGAGGAUAGUCGCCCAAGUUCCGCUCAGCUGAUUGCAGAUGAUUCAUAUAAAGCCCUGAAACUAUUGAGCCAGCACUCCAUAGAAUACUGCGAUGAUGAGCUAUCAGAAAUCAGAGGCGAGUCUUAUAGGUUUGCUGAGAAAAUGCUCCUCUCAGAAAAACUUGAGGCAUCGUCCUUGACAGACACAGAAGAUUCAGCUGACAGAAACCGCCACCUUUCUGAGGAGAGCGCUGGCCGUGGCAGUGAGAGCAUGAGCCAGCAGUAUGGUAUCCCCAAAAGAGAGUUUGUUUCUAUGUCAGGGAAAGAUGGCUCCCCUAAGUCUGGUAAAUUCUUGCACAGGGAUGAACCAUCCCAGUUUGACAAGGUGACGGUGCUCCAUUACUCCACAGAACAGGGCAGCCCUAAACAUGCAGUCUGGAUGAGGUUUACAGAAGACAAACAUGACAGGAGCAGGGAUAAGCUUCUUUAUGAGGACAGGGUAGACCAAACUGUAAAGGAAGCAGAAGAGAAACUCAGCGAGGUAUCACAGUUUUUCCGUGACAAGACAGAGAAGCUAAAUGAUGAGCUGCAAUCUCCUGAGAAAAAGCCUAUUAGACGAGACCCUAAAGAGCCAAGAUCCUGGCCUAGCUCCGCUUGCAGUAGUCCCGAGAAAACACAACAAAAACCCAAGGUAGCAGAUGAAACACUAAGUAAAAGCAAACUUAGAGAACCCUCCAUUGGCAAAAUUUUUGUCAGUUCUACUUCAACAGAAAAGAAAAGCACUAGCUUACCUAGCAGUCCCCAGAAAAGCACGCUUUCUCAAAAAAGUGAAGACAAUAUUGAACAACAAAUCAAAACUAGUGAGUCUGAACCCUCCUCCCCUGCUCAUGUGAAGUCAACAUCCAAAGUCAGUGCUGUAAGAAUGAAGUUUGAGGCCCAAGCUCAGACGCAAACUCCGUCAAGUCCAACCAAAAUUCCUCCCCCAGUGCAGCCAAAGCCUUCGAUAAAGAAACUGCAGGAAAGCAAACUCCCUGUUUAUCAGGUUAAAGGAUCAAAAGUAUCUGAAACACCAGAGGAAGGAAGCCAGAAAAAGGAUGCUGAGAAGAGUGCUGCCAUAGACAGCAGUAAACAGACUCUAGUAUCAUCUCAAAAAGCCCCAAGACCUAUAGAGGAAAAGCUGCCAAACAAAAACAUCCAAGAGGCAACUCAAAAACAAGUAAGGGAAGUAGUAAUUGAUAAAGCGAUGACUAAGAAAGAUGUUGGUUGGAGAGGUGCACAGGAUGUCAAAGAAAGCACUAGAGGCCAGAAAGUCCAGACAACCACUGUUGGUGAUACUGCUAGACCACUAGAAAGAGAAAGUGAUGCUAAAAAGAGUCAGCAAGCUUCCAAAGACGUGGCAACAGAAAAGUUGAAAACAGACUUGGAAGAAGUGCUGAACAAAAACCUUAUGAAAAAGACAGAAUCCCAAAUUCCUGUAAGAGCAUCUCCGAUUUUAGAUAAUGACUUAGCAAAGAAACAGACAGUAACUAAACCCUCACAGAUACCUACAUUAAUGAAAAGCAAAAUCAAGACAAGUCCUGUGACUAGUCCAGUUAAGACAGAAGAAAACCUGACUUUUGAAAUCCUGGAUAAUGCACCCAAAGACUCUAACUCUAAUAACCUUAUAAGCCCAAGAGAAACACUUGAGAAAGUCCUAACCCCUCCUACUGCCAUAACUACCAAAGAGAACUUCAAGGGUAUCAAAACUUUGCCGGUUUACGUUAGUGUCCAGGUGGGAAGACAGGCGGAAAGAGAGGCUAAGGGGGCAUUUCACACCGUCAAACAAAAAUCCAACUCAGCGCUCAGCCCCAUAAGCCCUGAUGAUGACACCCUAGAAGCAGUCUCUUUCAUAGAUAGCUCAGGGAAAAGUCCCAUCACGCCUGAGACCCCGAGCUCUGAGGAGAUCAGCUAUGAUCUCACAUCCAGGACCCUUGAUGGCUUUAUGGGUUUCAUGCCAGGCAAACCAAGCCCAAUUAUGGAGGUAUCUGAAGAAUCAGAGGAAGAUGACCAAGGCAGAGGUGUUUCCUCUUUGAAAGAGGCCCAACCAGAAAGCAAAACUAGGGAUAAGGACACAGAGGAAGACCUUGCUAAUGCGAAUAAGCAGGAAACAAAAACUGACAACCAGAAGGAAUUAAGUGAUAAUUUAAAUCAGAAAGAACCAACAGAAAAUGUCAGGCAUGAUCAAAUUUUACAGCAAGAGCAGCAAGAAGCCUCAAAAGACAAAGGUAUUGCGUAUAUCGAGUUUCCUCCCCCUCCACCUCUGGAUUCUGCUUCAGAGAAUUCAGAUCCAGACAGAAAAGGUUCCUGUGCCUCAUCAGAGACUGAGACAGAAAUGAUGGAGGUGAACUUGCAGGAAGAACACGACAAGCAUUUUCUGACAGAGCCUAUCAUCCGAAUCCAACCUCCUACCCCGGUGCUCCCUGGGGAAGAUAACAGUCAAUCAAACGCUGAAGACGCAGAAGAUGAUGAUGAUACGUCGAUGUUCCAGCCAAUUCCUUGUAAGAAAUUAACUUCCAAAGUUCCUGGGGAGGAGGAGGAGAAAAAGAAGGAGAAGGAAAAGGCGUCUAAGACCAAAAAGCAUGACAAAAAUGGAAACAAGGAACCUAAUGGAGGGACCAAUGGCUCUAAUGGUUCCAAUGGUUCUAGAGGUUCUAAUGGCAAAGGGGAGGACUAUGAAUAUGAACAAAAUGGAAAUGACCAAUCAAUAACAGACUGUUCAAUAGCCACAACUGCUGAAUUUUCUCAUGACACAGAUGCAACAGAAAUAGACUCUCUAGAUGGGUACGAACUACAGGAUGAGGACGAUGGCCUGUGCGAGCAGGCAGAUUUACGGCUGUUUGGUCUUCCAGACAGCCGGAGAGAUGUCUGGGCGACAGAAACGUAUAGGACAACUGACCGCUCUUUUCCCCAAACCAAGCUGGAAGUUAUUGAAGAGGAGAAAACGCCAGAGGAAUGUCCUAAGGACACGUUUAAAAAAGAUGCCCCCUUAAAUGGUGUGAAACCUGAUGGCGGAAGUCAGGAUGGGGGUAAAAGUCUGGAAAAGAAACCCUCAGAAAAAGAGGGAUUUUCAGACACUUAUUUUAGUUAUAAGUUAGAGGAAGAGUUCAACUCUCCUUUUAAGACUGUGGCUACUAAAGGGCUGGACUUUGACCCCUGGCCGAGUAAAGGAGCAGAAGAAGACGUUGUCGAUAUGGGAGGGGCAAAGGACAGUUACGAUGAGCCCAAGCCUUUUGCACUGGCAGUGGAAGAACAGUCUCAGGCGACAACACCAGACACAACCCCGGCUCGAACACCGACGGACGAUAGCACGCCGACGAGUGAGCCAAACCCAUUCCCCUUCCAUGAAGGGAAGAUGUUUGAGAUGACACGCAGUGGUGCGAUUGACAUGAGCAAGAGGGACAUGGUUGAGGAGAGGCUCCAGUUUUUUCAGAUUGGCCCUCAGAGUCCCUGUGAGAGAACAGACCUCCGCAUGGCGAUAGUAGCCGACCACCUUGGACUCAGCUGGACUGAGCUGGCCAGGGAGCUGGAUUUCUCUGUGGACGAGAUCAACUUCAUCAGAGUGGAGAACCCCAACUCCCUGACAGCACAGAGCUUCAUGCUCCUAAAGAAAUGGGUGCACAGGGACGGUAAAAAUGCCACAACGGACGCUUUAACCGCGGUGCUGACUAAGAUCAAUCGGUUGGAUAUUGUGACUUUGCUGGAAGGGCCCAUAUUUGACUACGGUAACAUUUCAGGCACACGCUGCUUUGCCGAUGAUAACGCAGUAUUCCCGGAUCAGUCCGAUGGAUACCAAAAUAUAGAUCUGGAGCUGAAAACCCCCUCAGACCUGAACUACGAGCCCCCCACCCCGCUGCGCUCCGACGACUUCUUUAGUGAGGGCGAUGUUAGCGUAGACUACCCUAGCAAGAACACGCUAACUAGACCUAGCGACCUCUCCCUCACUCAGACCACCAGUACCUCCAGCAGCGAGCCCGUCACGGUUGCCCCAGCCCCUGGCUCCAGUGCCACAGUGCCCCCUAUUGCUGGAGCAGAAGACACAGCCAUGACCACUGAAGUGAAACGGAUACUUAAGGAAGAAAAGAUAGAGCUAGCUUCUUACGACACACCAGAAAAUGACAGAAGGGUGGUAGAACAAUCAGGAAAGGGAGCAGACAGGCAUGAUGAGGCUUUAGAGAAAGAUAUUUUGAGGCAAGAGGUAGAGAACCAAAAAGAAGAAGCAGCUACUGGACAUGAAAAUGGGAGGCAGGAAGAGGAAGAAGAAGAGAUGACCCAGGAGAGGCUGCAGAGUCUGCUGGAGGAUAUAAAGCUGGAGGGAGGCUUGGAGGAUGAGGAGAUGACGGAGGAGAGGGUUAAUGCAAUCCUCGAACAAGUACGGCAAGCAGAGAAAGACAUGUGUUCAGUUCCAGGGUGGAGAAAUGAAACGUCCGGAGCAUUCAGCGAGUCAGCAAGCGCUGUCGCUGAGGAGGGCAGCCCUGACAGCCUGGCUGAUUCAUUGGAGCAGCCCCCAGCUCAGGCCGAGAAACAGAACGGAGGUCACAGCGAAGCAUCGAGGGAAGGAAAAGAAAAGGAAGCAAAAAGGAAAGGAUACCAAGAGGACAGCAGCACAGCGGGACCGAGCAGAGGGCAGGAGGAGGGAGGAGAAAGGUCCCAGCACAAAGUCCAGGGGGUUGUUAGAGCUGCUGAGUCCGACUCUGACGAGGAGGCCACAGUCACCACCAGGGUGUUCCGCCGACGGGUCAUACUCAAGGGCGAGGAGGCCAAAAACAUUCCUGGAGAGUCUGUGACAGAGGAGCAGUUCACAGAUGAAGACGGGAAUCUGGUCACCAGAAAAGUGAUCAGAAAGGUGGUGCGUCGUGUUUACAACUCCGAGGAAAGAAGGGAAAGUGAGAGCGACACUCUCGCAGAAGAAGCAGCUGGUGUUGGUGUUGUUGUAGGAGCGGGCGCUGCUCCUCCUGCAGGAGGCGCAGCAGGAGGAGCCUCGGGGGGGAAGGGCAAGAAGAGAGGGAAACGCUCCCGACAGGGCAACAAGGCUGAGCGGUCUGGAGAGGAGGCCCAGAGGGGGAAAUCUGAGCCUGGAGACAGUGCCACCAAGAAACAAGGAAAGAAGAGUCAGUCAUAACAUUAGAGCUCUCAACUAAACCAGGUCCACUGACGUCCACCUGUGACACCACACUCACAUCCUGGGAGGAAAAACGGACUGGAAGCCACGUCAUCUCAGCCAAAUCGUGUCUGAAGCUUUCACUUUGCAACGCAUGAUUUUCAGCAAGACAACGCAAAAACUAAAGAGUUCAUUUUCUUUGAUUUCGCAUGAGCAUGUCACUCAAACUCACUCACCGUUGGAAACAACGUGGAAGGACACGCAUGGACGUGAUCUGGAACUUUCUUAACUUUGACGGAAGGAAAGGCGCCUCUGACCAAAGAUGGCACAAAACAGGAAAUCAGAAAAGAAAAAAAAAACAGGAAUACAUGUGCUUCAGUCUCUCAGACACUCGCCUUAUGUGGUCUAAUUUUUCCUCCUGGAUCCACAGCGAUGGGGUGCACCAUGUGGUUGUUUUUUAAAAAAAUGAAAUAUAAUAAUUAAUGGGUGAUUUUGUUGUAUAUAAAUGACACUGUAUAAAAUCUAAAAAAAAGAAUCAGUAGCUUCACAGAUUGUUUAUGCACUGAUUUGCGUUGAAGCUUUGCAGAGUCGGUGCGUUUGUAUCGAGAGGUCGACACUGUCUGCGCAGCCUUGAGUGCGUGACCUGAUGCGCUUCCACAGGAAAAUAAAAAAGGAACAAAAAAGCGAAUGGAGAGAUGAAAAACUGCUUGAUUUUAAAACAAAAGGACAUUUCUUUAAAGCCAACUUCCGCUCUGUUCUGCGUCUUCAGAGAAAAGAUAUUUUGCUGCAUGUGACGUCACUUUAUUUUUAACGCCUUCCUUUAUUUGGCUCCUGAUUCAAAGCACUGUAAACAAUAAGAGAAGGCUUUCAUGGUACUUCUGUCUGUGUGAGCACUCAUAAUAACCAAAACAUCUGUCUUCUGUGACUGUUUCUAUUUGAUUUUUACAGAAAUGAAAUCAUACACUCCACAGGGAACUUCACUCGUACGCCGUCGGACUAAAACUGCUAGCAGCCCCCUCGUGUGUUUGUGUGAGCGUGUGCGUGAGCGUGUGGCAUCAGAUAAAACUGUCUUCAUUCAUACUGGAAGUGUACGUCAAAGCUUUUAGUUUUGCUGUGGUUUUAAAAAGGGGACUGUUUUUAUUUUGAUUGUUUGAUUACUUUUAUUUCAUUGAAAGCCUGUAAUAAUAACGUGAGAACAGAGAGUCUCUUUUUUAGCCCCAGAUCUACUCCUUUUUACAAACUUAAUCACUAAAUCACAGUAUUGAUCACAAGCUCUUCAUUUUCUCCUCCUGUCUCUAUCUUUAUUUCUCUCUGUUUAUCUUUUUUCAUACAAAACCACCCAAAGCAUCCAUCGUUGAUGAUAAAUCUGGUACCAACAUGUAUGACGAACCAACAUAGCCUACACUGGAUGAUCCAAGUAAUAAUUAUUUAAGCAGAAAAAUAAAUUGUGUUUAAAACGAA